AUGUGUCCUAGUCAUAGCGAAGAAAACUUCCUGCCCCUCUUCAUCCGGCCACUGUCCAGUGACCUGGACGUACAUGACUGGAAAUACUUGUCUUCCAAAGGCACCUUUGCCCUACCAAACAGUGAUUUCCAGAAUGCACUAUUACGGGCAUAUAUUGAGCAUGUUCACCCACUCCUGCCAAUCCUAGAGCUAGAGUCUUUUGUAAAGGCUGUAUUCUCUCCACAGAAUCAUGGCACGUCGAAGCUACGAAAAAGUGUGAGCUUGAUACUUUAUUGGGCAGUAAUGUAUGCUGCUAUCCCUGCUGUGCCCUUACACGCUCUCCACAAGGCGGGAUAUUAUUCUCAUCAUGAUGCUCAAUGUUCUUUCCAUAUGCGUAUCCAAGCCCUUUACAAUGUAGAGGCUGAGUUAGACAGACUAUCCCUAGUUCAGGCGCUACUGCUGGUCGUCUACAGGCAAGAUAUCACAAAACAAAUCAAGGACAUGACAUAUUGGAUGACAAUCAUCUGGUCCUACAUGCAAGAACUUGGCAUAGACGUACAAAUCGGACGCAAAGUUAAACCUACAGGAAAUCACCAAAGGAAAAUAGCCUUGUAUCGCCGGCUGUGGUGGUCGUGUUUUAUUUGUGACAGACUUGUUGGUCUGGCAGCUUGUGCAGAUCCCGUACUGCCACAGCCAGGUAGCAUCCCUCCGUUAAAACUAGAUGACCUAGAGAUUUUUCAUUACCCAGGCUAUAUUAUCCAAGCUCUCGGUGAUGGAAAUUUUUCCGAUUUUGAUCUUUCACUUCAUCUUGGCCGUUUAUGUGUCAUACAGACACAAGUAUGUAUACUUUUGGACCAAGUUAUCUCCGGCCCUCAUGGGCGAUCACCGAAUCAACUACUACAUGUAGCUACCAACCAGGCCAUAUCCGAAGCUAAUCGUCUGGCAGGCUACAAGGCUGACUUAUUGAAGCAUCAUGACCAGAUAACUUUCUACAUACUUCAAAGAGAUUCACCCUUGAAAAUCAUCGAUCCUGUACGAUUGAGUCAAGUCAAGAGUUGUGGACCAGCCUAUAUUCAUGAAAUGGUUCUUUUUAUUGUCAUUGACGCGAUUCUUGCAUUUCUCUUGCAACGCCAAAUUGUCUUGCAAGAGAUCUUGUGUGGGAGGGAUGGUGGACACGGCAAGCGCGGCACAGCAGAAGAAUUAGACUCUUAUCGGCUCAACCAUUUUUUACGUCAGUCACGCAUUGUGACUAUACACAGAGUCUGUAGUCGAUUAAAAGAUCUCAAACAAAGCGGGGAACUACAAAAGUUGCGACCAACAAUAGUUGGGCUUCUGCUCCCCGCUGCUAUUCAUUAUCUGACGCAGGUUCGUGAAGAGGGACAAAAUAUCCACGACAGUAUAGGCAACGCAGGCUACUUUGAUGAAUGCCUAUCUAUUCUAAAGUUGCUGGGGAAACAUUACCCGUCUAUUGGCCAAUGGGCUGUCUAUUUGCAGAAAGCAGCAAUGAGCUGUUCUGUUCCCUGUCCUUCUAGUCUUCCUUAUACUCAUCACCAGGAAAGGCUGGAGGAUUCUAUAAUUUCUGAUACGGAAACAAAAAUACUCUCUGACUUCGAUAUGUAUCAGGAACCAAUACAGGCAUGUAUGAGGUGGUGGUUUGGAGAUGGGAAUGCAAUGUCGUGA